AUGCCAUUUGGGAUAGCAUACGACGUUGUUACUACCUUAUCGCGUUGGAGCAUCUAUGGGUUUUAUAAAGAAAUUAGAGUUGUUGGGCAUGAAAAUGUGCCAAAAGAAGGUCCGAUUAUUGUUUGUUCAACACAUAGUAAUAUGAUCGUUGAUCCGGCUGUACUUGCUGUUACAUUCCCUCACCAUAGAAAAAUACAUUUCUGGGCAAAAAAUUCUCUUUUUAAAAACAAGUAUACGAGGCCCAUUCUAGUAGGCGGAGGUGUUGUCCCAGUAGAUCGGACUACAAAGAAUAACAAGGCGCUAUUCUCUGCCACAUUGGAAGUUUUGAAACUCGGUGAAGUCGUUGCAGUAUUUCCAGAAGGCACUUCACAUUCUGAAUCUCGAUUGUUGGAACUAAAGGAUGGUGCAUCAUGGGCCGCAAUGGAAUAUGCCUCACAGCAAGAGCAUACUGAAGAAUCCAAUAGUGAUGAUGACCUUGUCAUUGUCAAAAAGCGACAAGAAAAACAGAUUGUAAUUACUCCGUGUGGGAUAACAUACGUGCAAAAAUCAAAGUAUAGAAGUUCAUUAAUAAUCGUGGAAAUUUCUAAUGCGGCUUCAAUGACUCGAAUGCUUUAUUUUUCUAAUGACAAACUUGUUCCACUUGAAGAUUAUGUGAAAGUUACGCAAAGUCUCAUUAAUUUUUUCUCAAACACAACGUCUGAAGAAGUAACAACAUUAAAAAAUUUACUAAUCCAAUACAAGACCUCUUUGGACGCGCUUCAUCUUUCGAAUCAUGAUGUCGCAAUAUAUGAGCAUAAUAACCUUACAUUGCCACGGGCUUUAUAUUCAUUUUUAUGUGAAUUAUUCAAAUUUUCUAUUCAAUUACCAUUUUUUCUGCCAGGCCUUUGUUUUCAUUGGCCAAUUUACGUUUUGGGUAAAGUUUCAGUGAGGUUCGAAAUAUAUGAAGAAUCGAGGGCUCAAAAUAAGAUUUUUCUAGGGUUGAUAUUCUCGGCUGGGUCAGUUGUUAUCUUUGCUUGGUAUCACGUUGCUCUUGUUGAUAGUCAUUACGAUACCUUUAAAGAAUUGAUUGCAUCAUUUAGAUUAUUAUCAGCGCUUAUUGGAGGUAAUAAAUCAAGGGACAUGGUAGAAAAUCUUGUAACAGCACGUGGGCUAUGUUUAGAUCAAUUAAGAAAAGUCAGUGAAGAUUAUAGAAGUAAAAGUGAUGAUUUAAGAUUAGUACUAGAAAUUAGUGAAAGAGAACAAUCAAAUGAUGGUCAUGAUGAGUUUUAUGAUAAAAAAUUGACAUAA